AUGAUUAAGACAUUGCCCUAUAAAUGCUGCUUCUUGUCUACCUUCAUAGUCGUGCUGGUUGUCGUACUUGGCAUUAAUAUCUACUUCAUUCACCUUUUCCAACAGUCCUUAAGGACAAUUUACCUACCCUUCACUAGAAAUAGUUCAACUGCCUACCUGCUGUCAGCGAAAGUCUCCGACGUAAGUACAAUUGAUGCCAAACUGCAAGGCCAAUCAUUUCUGCCGUUGAGGGAUUCCGCUAGCGGAGAGGUGGCCAUUGUUGUGCCGUAUAGGAAUCGAAGCGAGGAUUUGCUCAGAUUCCUCACGCAUAUGCUUCCAUUUCUCAGCGCCCAGAAGAAGCAGUGUGUCAUACUUGUCGUGGAGCAGGCUGGCAAUGACAGCUUUAAUCGAGCUAAACUUCUUAAUGUCGCAGUCAGGGAGGUAAGGAAAAGUGUUCCCGGUGAUCGACUGUUUGGCAUCGAAUGUUUCAUUUUCCAUGACGUUGACAAAGUGCCUACUUCACCUUCUGUUGUCUACGAUUGUGGGAAAAAUGUUCGGCAAUUAUGCAACGUAUUUCGCAGUGGCAAUAAUAUUACACGGUGGUACAAUUCAUUCCUCGGAGCAGUUACGGCCUUCAGUUGGAGGCAUAUUGCAACAAUUAACGGCGCUUCAAACCUCUUCUACGGCUGGGGUGGUGAAGACGAUGAGCUUUCGCUUAGAUUGCAGCUGAACAAUAUUAAGGUAGAUCGACCCACGGGUACUAUGGGAGUUUUCACAGAAUUCAAUCCAAAUCAUCCUCGAGAUAAGAAUCCUCAGAGAGUGCAAUUAUCGAGGCCCGAAAGUGUGAUCCCUCGCUGGCGCAAGGAUGGUAUUAAUCAAACACGUUACCAACUGCUUGACAGACGUGACUACGAACACUUUGUUUGGAUUCUCGCGGCGAUUUGA